AUGUCUAACUUCAAUCCUGACCUUAACCCCAACAACAAUUCCGCCGACAGGGACUACGUCGAGGACCUCGAUCAAUCGGAUCGCAUUUUGAAAAUACCUGCCAGGCACCAGGAAGCAGCGACCGGAGUAGGAGCACCGGUGACGAGGGCUCAGCACCGCACCGCUGCUUAUGCAGCCGGCACUCUUACGGCCGAGAUGAUAUUCAGCGCACCAAUAAUGACUGCUGCACAAUGCAGCAACCUGUUCAUUCGAACAGGCACUUAUUGCCCGAAAUCGAUAGAUCAUUCAUCAUUCUGCCAGCGCUGCUUCCUCCGCUUGCAGGAGAACCCUGAGCACAGUUGCUACAACGACCUCGUGCGCACUGCACUUGGACUGAGUGGGGCUGCACAGGCUCAGGCAAUUGCUGAUGUCCGGCAGCGAAUCCGGACAAGAACUCGUCAUCUCAACCAGGAGGCUAGAGAGCGGGCGGCAGCAAAUGGCCAGGCUGCCCCUGCAGAGCAAGCCCAAGAAGAGUAG